AGUAGCGAAAUCCACGAAACUGGAAAAAAUGGCGAAGAGCGGAGGGCAAAUGAAGAGAGUAAUAACGAGCUGUUUGAACAAUUUACCCAUUUUUUCCAGGUGCUCUAAAAAUCCCAUCAGAUAUUUAUCACCUUGCGGGAGUUUGAUGACUGGAGUGUCUGCUCAUAAAAUAUCAACACUUGACUGCAACUUUAUUACCAGAAGAAGCUUCCUAAACAUCUCUGGAACUUUGAUCAGUAAGAGGAAAGAGUACUCAGAGCGCAGAGUAAUAGGGUAUUCCAUGUUGGAGAUGUAUGAUGUGGUGGCCAACAUUCAAGACUAUAGACACUUUGUGCCUUGGUGUAAAAAGUCAGUCAUAAUUUCUAGACGUUCUGGUUAUUGUAAAGCUGUCCUAGAAGUUGGAUUCCCGCCUGUGCUGGAGAGCUAUACAUCCCUUGUCACAAUGGUGCGGCCUCACCUAGUUAAGGCAUCCUGUACUGAUGGUAAACUCUUUAACCAUCUGGAAAUAACCUGGCGAUUCAGCCCAGGUGUCCCGGGGUAUCCCAGAACUUGCAUCCUUGACUUCUCUGUUUCUUUUGAGUUUCGCUCACUGUUUCAUUCUCAACUGGCAACAAUGUUUUUUGACGACAUCGUAAAGCAGAUGGUAUCAGCAUUUGAGAAGCAUGCAGAUAAGAAGCAUGGUCCAGAAACCCAGAUCCCCCAUGAGUUAAUGUUCCAUGAAGUGCACCACACAUAGCUGAAGAGAAUGUGGAUGUUCAAAUCACCACUGGAAUUUCAAGAUCAGCUAACUCGUGGGUUUUUGACUGCAAGCCAGCACUCCCAAAGGUGUGUGUUCUGCUGUGUCACCAUCUAUUAUCCUAAUCCUCUGAGAUAAUUCCUCUCCAAAUCACUCUUGUAUUAAACAAAUGGAAAGGGGAAGCUUCAGAGUACAAUAUUUAUUCUAAAGCAUUUCCAAAAAAGAUAGUAUGGCCAGAAGUUUGUCAUCUUUGAAAUACACUUGUGAGAUAUCAAUAGGCACUUGUGAUACCAGAGUGACAAUGAAGUGAGAGGCAUCAAAAAUGGUCGUUCUUUACUGAUCUGAUAAGGUCUGUACUCUUUGGUGCAUGUUGAUUGCACCAGCCUCAAAAGUAAGUACCGAGAUUAGGUACUGAUUUGAACUUUUUUGAAGCAAUUGUAGAUUGUGUGUGAUGGAUGUUUGUUUUUAAAAGAAGUGCAUUACUACAGUUGUUUUUUCUUUUAUACUUGGGAAAUUAUUCACAUUUAGCAUUUUAUUUCACUGUACCAAUUGUGUAACUUUUGGGCCAACAUGUACAAGUUUGGUUGCAAGUAUUUUUGAAUAAAUAACUUUUUUAAAA